AUGGGCAGCUGCUGCCGUGGGGCUCCAGGUAAUCCUGAAGGUAAAUCACUUCCCAGACCAAAUCACGCCGGUGGUCUGCGUCUGGAAUUACUUGCGCUCUCCAGACCGGAGGUCAGCUGUGAUUUGGACCAGACACGAUCCAACCCGGUCCCGGUGGAGUCUGGCCUGCGAACGCUCAGCUCCUCUCCAUCGGUAGAUAAAGUGGACAUGAAGUGCAAACAGGGAGAAAACCUGCCAUGUGUUUUCCUUUUCUUUGGCCCUGAACUGCCUCAGGAGAGACAAAACAAGCACAUCUCAAAACCGAAGCGUUGCAGUCGCUCUGAGCAAAAAGCCCACCAUCGUUCAUCACCCUUUUAUUGCGUGUUUGGAGGAGAUCCCACAUCAAUUAUUGGCUUCAAGGGAAGAGAGUCUUUUUCAGAGCUUGCAUUCUGGAGGUUGCUGGUGCCAGGCGUCAUCCAGAGCUGUGCUGAAAUACUCAUUCAGAGCUCAAACCCAGGAGAUUCAAGAUCCACCGCCGCCGAGCUCAGAGCUUUGGACACAGCAGCAGUAGAGCCCGGGUUCUUUAUGAUGAAGUUUGCCUGGGACAACUAUAAACUUUACGCUUGGGGAAAGAAUGAACUUCGACCUCUGACUAGGAAUGGAAACACUGGGAAUAUGUUUGGCGGUCUCAGAGGCGCUUCUAUCGUGGAUUCUCUGGACACGCUGUACAUCAUGGGUCUGAUGGAGGAGUAUGAAGAAGCGAAGGAAUGGAUCCAAAACAACCUGGACCUGAACUCGAAUGGAGAGGCGUCCCUGUUUGAGGUGAACAUCCGUUACGUUGGCGGUCUUCUCUCUGCUUACUACCUGACGGGAGCUGAGAUAUUUAAGCAGAAGGUGAUGGAACUGGGCGAGAAGUUGUUACCCGCCUUCAACACGCCCACCGGCAUUCCCAGAGGAGUCAUUAACCUGGGCAGUGGCACCAGCUGGAGUUGGGGCUGGGCUUCGGCUGGAAGCAGCAUCCUGGCCGAGUUCGGUACGCUGCACCUGGAGUUCGUUCACCUGUCCGAACUGUCCAGAAACCCCGUGUUCACUGAGAAGGUGAUGAACAUCCGAAAGCUGCUGAACAAAAUCGAGAAGCCUCACGGCCUGUAUCCUAACUUCCUGAGUCCCGUCAGUGGCAAUUGGGUACAGCAUCACGUGUCUAUCGGAGGUCUUGGGGACAGUUUCUACGAGUACCUGAUCAAAUCCUACCUGAUGUCAGAGAAGACGGAUCAGGAGGCCCAGAAGAUGUACUACAGCGCCAUGGAGGCCAUCGAGACGAACCUGGUGCAGAAGUCUCCGGGUGGAUUGACGUACGUGGCUGAGUGGCGGGGUGGCAUCCUGGACCAUAAGAUGGGGCAUCUGGCCUGUUUCUCCGGCGGGAUGAUUGGCAUCGGCGCUGACGACGGCCCGGCAGGACAGAGGCAGCACUACCUGGACCUGGCCGCUGAAAUCACUCACACCUGCCACGAGUCCUACAGCCGCUCAGCCACCAAACUUGGUCCGGAGGCGUUCCGCUUUGAUGCAGGAGCCGAGGCCACAGCCACCCGACUGAGCGACCGCUACUACAUCCUGAGGCCAGAGGUCAUCGAGAGCUACAUGUACAUGUGGCGUUUGACCCACGACCCCAAGUACAGGGAGUGGGGCUGGGAGGCCGUGGAGGCGUUAGAGAAGCACUGUCGUGUAGACGCGGGUUUCUCAGGAAUCAGAGACGUGUACGCCUCCACAGUCAGUCACGACAACAUGCAGCAGAGCUUCUUCCUGUCCGAGACUCUCAAGUAAGUUCAUUAUCAUGUUCCUGUUCCUGCACCUUCCUGAAUCUGGCA